AUAGGAACUCAAACAAAACUACAUAUUUGUAUGUUUUCUUAGCUUUUCAUUUGUUUUCAUUCUUUUUCUUUUGCAUCACAUAUUGAUCGAAACUUCUCACAUUCUGGGCUUAAAAAAAACCAAGAGAAAACAAAGAAUAUGGACUCGUCAACAUUCACAUCUCUUUCAAGAGGGUCAUUUUCAUCGAGUGUAGAAGACUCCUCAGAAUCUGAGGUAAAUUUAACACUCAGCGAUAGGAUUAAGGUGUUCAAGACCUCUAACUUCGACCCUGAUGCCUAUGUCACCUCCAAAUGCCGGACCAUGAAUGAAAAGGAGAUAAGGCACUUGUGCUCUUACCUUGUUGAACUGAAGAAGGCAUCUGCUGAGGAAAUGCGUAAAAGUGUCUAUGCUAAUUAUGGUGCCUUCAUCCGCACAUCAAGAGAGAUUUCAGAUCUUGAAGGUCAGCUCCUCUCAAUGAGGAAUCUCCUAUCUACUCAGGCUGCUCUAGUUCAUGGUUUAUCUGAAGGAGUUCACAUUGAUUCCUUGUCCACUGGUCCUGAAGAUUCAGCUGGAGAGGAUGUAUUGUACGAAAACAAGGAACUUUCCAACAUAGAAAAUUGGUUAGUUGAAUUUUUAGACACCCUUGAAGUUCUAUUGUCUGAGAGAAGAGUGGAUGAAGCUUUGGCUGCCUUGGAUGAAGGAGAAAGUAUGGCCAAAGAAGCCAAAGAGAGGCAAACAUUGAGCCAGACCAUUCUCUUAUCGCUGGAGACUACCAUCACCGAACAGAGACAGAAACUAGCUGAUCAGCUUGCAGAGACUACCUGUCAACCUUCUACUCGUGGUGUUGAGCUUCGUUCAGCUGUUCUAGCUCUGAAAAAACUUGGGGAUGGUCCUCGUGCCCAUACAUUGCUACUCAAUUCUCAUAAGCAGAAGUUGCAGGGUAAUAUGCAGAGUCUUCGCCCAUCAAAUGCUUCAUAUGGAGCAGCAUAUACAGCUUCACUCUCCCAGAUUGUUUUUUCCACCAUUGCACAAGCUGCAAGUGACUCAUUGGCAGUUUUUGGUGAGGAGCCUGCAUAUACUUCUGAGCUUGUAACUUGGGCAGUCAAACAAACUGAGGCUUUUGCUCUUAUCCUUAAGAGGCAUGUUCUAGCUUCCUCAGCAGCAGUUGGGGGCUUAAGAGUUGCAGCCGAGUGUGUUCAUAUAUGCUUGGCUCACAGCUCUUUGUUAGAAGCUCGUGGAUUAUCACUUUCUCCUGUCCUUUUGAGACUCUUUAGGCCGCUCAUUGAACAGGCAAUAAAUGACAACUUAAAAAGAAUUGAACAGAGCUGUGCAGCACUAGCUGCAGCAGAUGAUUGGGUACUUACUUGUCUGCCAGCUGGUACACGUCUGGCUUCAAGUACAUCUCUUAGUAGUGUGAACCUAUCCCAGCCUAAGCUUUCAUCCAGUGCUCACAGAUUCAAUUCAAUGGUUCAGGAAUUUCUUGAAGAUGUGUGCCUCCUUGAAAGCCUGCAGUUGGAUGUUUCCACAUUGGAAGGUGUUUUACAAGUGUUCAACUCCUAUGUAAACUUGUUGAUAAAUGCAUUACCAAGUUCAAUGGACAAUGAGGAGGACACAGAAGUUUAUGCGAACAAAAUUGUUAGGAUGGCAGAGACUGAAGCCCAACAGAUAGCUUUGCUAGCUAAUGCAUCACUGUUAGCAGAUGAGCUGCUCCCACGUGCUGCCAUGAAGCUCUUGCCCUUGCAGCAGACGAACAGAAUGGAUGAGCCCCCUAGAAGAGGUUCAGACAGGCAAAGCCGUCUUCCUGAGCAAAGGGAAUGGAAGAGACGACUUCAACGUUCAGUCGACCGCCUGAGAGAUAGCUUCUGCCGACAUCAUGCUCUUGAGCUAAUCUUCUUAGAUGAUGGUGACACUAGUAUCAAUGCUCAAAUGUACACAUAUAUGGAUGAUAAUACAGAUGAGCCUGAAUGGUUUCCAUCUCCAAUUUUUCAGGUACUCUUUGCAAAAUUGACAAGGAUGGCAAGCAUUGCAACAGAUAUGUUUGUAGGUAGGGAAAGGUUUGCAACUGUUCUAUUGAUGAGACUCACAGAGACUGUAAUCCUGUGGCUUUCUGAAGAUCAAAGCUUUUGGGAAGACAUAGAGGAGGGGCCAAAGCCUUUAGGUCCUCUUGGCCUUCAACAGUUAUAUUUGGAUAUGGAGUUUGUGAUACUUUUUUCAUCCCAAGGCCGUUACUUAUCCCGGAAUCUGCAUCAAGUUAUCAAGAAUAUUAUAGGUAGAGCUAUAGACUCAGUUGCUGCCACUGGAAUGGAUCCUUACAGCGUGUUGCCAGAGGAUGAUUGGUUUGCUGAAGUUGCUCAAAUAGCAAUAAAAGUGUUGACUGGGAAAGCCAACUUUGGUAAUGUAGAUAGAGAUGUGACCAGCCCCACGGCAUCUAUAUCAGCAACAUCAGUUUUUUCUCAUGGGAGCAACUAGAGAUCUGCCAAUUCAUAAGGGUAUUAUGCCUACUGCCGGAACGAGAACCUGGCCUCUCUUAUUUUCUAUCCAAUGAUUGAUUAAUCAGCAGCCUUGAAUCUUUGAUUAAUCAGCUGCCAAGAGCCUUGUAGCUCAACAGGCACCUCCUAGUGUUUCUAACGGAGGCAUUCAAAAUUCAAA